CCAGCAGUAAAACUCAGCCCUGCGCCCCCCGCCCAUCUCCGCCUUGCCUUCCUGGCCCGGCAGACCCUGCCACCGAGGUCCACAUCCUGCCUCACUGACUGUGUGUGCUUCCAGCGUCAAGGGGUGGACGUGAUAUUUCAAACAUCAGAUCAGUGCGUUUAUAUAUUGGGUGCCCGGAAAUUUUUCCAAAUAAACACAGCUUGAUUCAACUUGGGUGGGCGGACUUAUCAACAGACUAAUUCUAUAAACAAAUGAAGGAAUAGCCCCGACACCGAUUGGCUGGUAUCGGAAAGACACGUGGAGGGGAAAGCUUGGAGUUUUUCGGCAAUGAAAUUUUAAUUACUGUGGGUGGGCUGAGCGCACAAGGACUGUUUAUCAUAGACAAUUUAUUUUCCAGCGCUAAGUCAACAUAUAAUAGCAAACUUACAACAAUUAUUUAACAUUUGUAAAGCCAUGAAGGGACAGAGCACGGAGCCGCCGGGGAGAGCGGCGGAGCGGGAGUCAGACGCACCGCGGGCUCCCCGGGAGGGCCCUCGCGGCGCGGGGCGCAGUCCCUGAGCCCCCGGGUCGCCCGCGUCGCGGGGAGCGCGGCGCCGGCUCCCGCUCGCCAUGAGCCGCCUCUUCGGUCCCCGGCUGCCCGCUCUGACCGCCUCGCCCAUGCUCUAUCUCUACGGCCCCGAGAGACCCGGGCUGCCUCUGGCCUUCGCCCCCGCGGCCGCUCUGGCCGCCUCGGGCCGCGCGGAGCCCCCCCAGAAGCCGCCCUACAGCUACAUCGCGCUCAUCGCCAUGGCCAUCCAGGACGCGCCGGAGCAGAGGGUCACGCUGAACGGCAUCUACCAGUUCAUCAUGGACCGCUUCCCCUUCUACCACGACAACCGGCAGGGCUGGCAGAACAGCAUCCGCCACAACCUGUCGCUCAACGAGUGCUUCGUCAAGGUGCCCCGCGAGAAAGGGCGGCCGGGCAAGGGCAGCUACUGGACGCUGGACCCUCGCUGCCUCGACAUGUUCGAGAAUGGCAACUACCGGCGCCGGAAGAGGAAGCCCAAGCCAGGCCCAGGGGCCCCCGAGGCCAAGCGGGCCCGCGCGGAGACCCACGAGCGCGGCGGCGCAGAGGCGCAGCCCGGGGCGGGCAGCGGGGCAGGGCGCCGGGGCCCCGCCACCCCCCGCCGCGAGGGCGCGCCCGCGCGCCCCUCGCCCCUCGGGGGCGGCUCCUCUCCGCCCGCGCCCCUCCGCUGGCCCGGGCCCGUGUCCCCGGCGGAGGACGUGGGCGACGCUGUCCAGGGCGCGGCGGCGGCGGCGGCGGCGGCGGCCUUGGCCACGGGCCAGCCAGCGCGCACGGUGGAUGGUCCGGGGUCCCCUCCGCGCCCUGCCUCCCACAGCUCUCCCAAGAGCUCCGACAAGUCCAAGAGCUUCAGCAUAGACAGCAUCCUGGCGGGACGGCAGGGCCAGGAGCCCGCCGGAGGGGCCGAGCUCCCGGGGGGCGCCAAGCCUGCGCCCCGCAGCUGUCUGGGUGCCUCGCUUCUGGCCACCUCUGCGAGCCUCCCUCAGCCUUUCAACGCUUCCCUGAUGCUCGACCCGCACGUCCAGGGCGGCUUUUACCAGCUCGGGAUCCCUUUCCUCUCGUAUUUCCCUCUGCAGCUUCCAGACACGGUGCUUCACUUCAGUAAAGCAAACGGUGGCGGUUCCUUCCCCUACCCUGGUCUGAGCUUGUGAGCGGCCGGGUCCCAUCACCGGCGGGAAGGAGUCACGGUUUUUAAAACACGAGCUUUUCUUCUGCAACGUGUGGAUCCCGGGAAGUGUUACCAACUUUUGCGCGCAGGUGGGCAGGGUCUCCUGCCUCCUCCAAGGUGAGGUGGACUUUCCCAGAACCCGGAGCACCUUCGGAGAUUUAAAAGACCCCGUCCCACUAGGACUUGGGCAUCUCAGACCUCCUGCGGAGACAGCAGGAGACUUCCUUGACCUCAGCGCAGUCUAAGGGCAUGAUCUCCCACUCCCCACCUCGGGUCCUGCGUGUCCAGAGCAGCAAGGGCCCAGACUACCCGACAGCGGGACCCACAGAUGCGUUGAGGGUGGUUUCAAACAGAACCACCAUCUAUCUGACGGUGGCCAGCUCCCUUGUUUGUCCCUGUGGCCCAGGUCUUGGCUUUGAAUCUGUGGGGUGAUGGGUGUCCACAGCUGGGUUUGUCCCUGAAGUCCCGGUGUGGGGGCACCAGGAGUGACCUCUGUUUUUCAGGUUCCUCACGAGAUCUAGGGCCUGGUGAGGAUUUAAGACCAAUGUCCAGGUGGACGGCUAAGAAAUCACAUUUCUAUUUUAAAUAGAGAAUUUCUCUCUCUUUUUUUUCUGUCUAGACAUUUUUACUGGGGAUAUGCUAUAUUCUUUGGCUAGAUGCUUGACUUUUUCCUACAACGAUGGCCCUGUGAAAAUUCUAUGUUAACAACCGCUAUUAAGAAAGUGCACUCUAUACGAUAGCGUUUUGUUGUGUUACGAUAGCUUGCCAGUCAAUUCUCAUGAUCUCCAAGACAUGUUACCAACAUUCGCAGGCAUCCCGUCUUGUUGCUUCUGUUUUUAAGGGAUCAAAAGAUAGCAGGGGACACCGAAAGUGUGUGACGAGGAGGGAAGGUGUCGUAGACAACACAAGACUUUCCAUGUGCAUGUUUUUUUUCAAGCUCUGGGUUUGGGUUUUGCUACGUUUUCCAGAAUUGCGUAGUAAAGGACCACUUUUCCUUAAGAAAGUUGGAUGGAAACAAACACACACACACAAGCAGAUACUGGGAGAGAUGGGUCAUGCUGGGCAGAGAAAAGGAAUCUUCUGAUGAUAUCUGCUGGAGGGUGCCUCUCUGGACCCCAAAGAACAGGAGGCUCAGGGGGAGGGUUCUAUCAGACAUCCUCUCUCUAAGCCUCUACCCUUGGGCCUAGAGCCUGCAGCUAAAUAAACACCUUAUGGAGGUGACUGGAAA